UAUCAAGAGAAUCCUUUAAGAGAAGGAGGGGAGAGGAAUGCCCGGGGAGCAAAUAAAAAAAAAAAGCCUCCUACACAACCACCAUCUGCCUUGGAGUUGGCUUUAUCUUUUCAGCCAGUCAGUUCCUGCGCCACACCAAGUUAAUGGGCAGGCAGCCUGUCACUGGAGAGCCGCUGACAGAAAUCUAUCCGCCAGAUGUACAGCGCUGUACCCAAGUCCUCUGCCCACACAGCUCAGCAGAAAACAUCUCACUCUCUCGCCAGCCGAGUCCUCUCAUUUCUCAGGGACAUUAUCACUCGCAUCAAGAGGUUUUCAGAGGAACGCGAGGAUCUCUGUUUCCGAAGGAGGACAGAAUAGAGCUCUGCAGCCCUGAGCCCCGAGGACGAAGGCGAGGAAAGGGGGCCAAGAUGGAGCCGAAGGGGAAGGGAGCGGGAUGGAGCCACCUGGAGGACCUCUAUUGGUUUGCUCAGAAGAGGCCGAAGCGACAGCGGAGGGAGAGAGAGAGAGAGAGAGAGAGAGAGAGAGAGAGAGACAGAGAGAGAGACAUCGAUGUGUCUGGAGAAGUGCGGAACGUGUUGCGUCACUCGACCAUGCAGAAUAUGUCCUCUUGCACAAACAGGAGACAAAGAGCUGGAGAUCAAGAUGGUUCCUCCCAUCCUCUGAUGUCAGCAGCUCUGGAGGACUCAGCACACCGGAUCUCGCAGUGUGCACAGCGGUUGCUCAAACACAAACAACGCGCAGAGCGUUGGCAACGAAAUGCGACGCGACGCCGGUCCCGCUAAACAACAGCCCCUCAUUAAUGCACACAUGAAACCCAGCUGGAAGGACCAUGUCCACCUGCUCCUCACUCAUGUUUGUUCAACUUCUGCCUCAGUUAAAAGGACUUUUAUUGUGAAGGACUAACCAAUACCUCCUGUAUUGCAUUUUAUAUUGUUUAAUAGGCAACUAUUGUGAACUUUUACUGGCUCUCCUAUAAUCAUGGUGCUUUUUCCACUGCUACAAGUCUGUCAUCACGCCAACAUGAGCCUGAUUUUCCUAAAUGCUCCAAAUGUUCAUCAUCCAUUCAACAAAACGAGGUUCUAGACAUGUGUUUAAGAGACAGAAACCUACAGAGAGAAAGCGCAUAGAGAGAUGCAUUUAACCUUGAGCUUUUUUACCGUACAUUGCAUUAUUGGUAAUUAUGGGUUGGUAAAGGUCACUUUUGUUUUUCCGAGCUAAAUGACUGACUCGCUGUGUGGAUAAGCUGGAAGUAAAUAAUUGUUCCAUUUGUUUAUUUACCAAUGGAUGACAUUUAGUCAAACUCUAGGGGAAUUAUGCACUUUAUCUUAUUCGCUUGUAUAAAAUAAUCAUACUAUU